AGGAGCGCUGGGUCCCGUGUACUGCACCGUGGAACAGACAGUGAAGCUGGGCGCUGCAGUUAACCACCGUAGUGAGGAAGAAAAAAAAGGUCAGCCGUAACUUCAACCCGAAAGAAGUUUCCUAUUUUGGUGUUUUUCAUACCGCCUCUUUGGAAGAACAUCUCUACUAAAACUUUAGCGUUUGAUAUGCUGAACUAGUUUUGUCGGAGCUUGUGGACAAGAGGACAGUGAAGAAGAUGAGCACCAAGAGGAAGGCCGAGAGUCUCCUGAGGGCGGCAAACCGACCUUGCAUCAUGAAGUGCAGAGGCUCCCAACUGGAUUCAGAAAGAGACUCCGGAUUCUCAGAUGCCAGCUCAGAACACCUGAGCACCAUGGACACCACGGACUCUGAGGAUUCUCCUCAGCCCGGAGGGCGGCAAGCGGCAAAGGCUACUGGUUCAGGCCCAAAGCCCUCCCCGCUGGCCGUGGUUGGAGGCUCCUACUCCAGACUUUCGCCUAUGAUCAUAAUGAACAACGUUGUGCUGAAGCAGCCUGUGGAGAACCCGCCCUCUCUGAAGCCGUGGGGCUUCAGCCCCGCUGUGGAAGUGGUGCAGCCCGUGGUGCCGCAGCCGCAGGUGGUCUUUCUGCAGCCGGUGGUCUCCCGCCAAGCCUCCAAGGAGGCCGCCUCCAAGCACAGACGCUCUAAAAAGUAUCUUCCAAUCUUAAAGUCCUACCCUAAGAUCGCCCCUCAUCCUGGGGACAGCUCUUCUUCCUCAGGAAGAGGAACCGCUUCUUCUUCUUCCUCCACCACCUCCUCUUCAUCGGGAUCAGAGAAAUGUAGCUCGUUGACCUCCAACCUUUGGGAACAAUGUCCAAGGGAGAAGGUGCAGAGAUCUCUGUGUAGCAGCACCAGCAACUCCGGAGCUGCUUCCCCCAGUCUUCCUGGUACUCCCAGUACUCCCAGCACCAUGUCCCCGCUGCUCCAGAGCAGACUCUCCCUGCCCGCAGCAGAAACCAGCAGUGGCGACGCGGAGAGGCCUUUGUCGGCUUCCGACGCCCUGCCCUUCGGUCACUCCAAGAACCAGGCGCUCACGCUGGACAGCAUCUCCUCUCUGGAGUGCAGCGUGAGCGACGGCAACCCGGACACCAAGAGGAAGCGCUUCUGCAACACAUACAACAUCCUGAGCAAGUCGGGCCUGCUGGACAUCACGCUCCGCACCAAGGAGCUCCUCCGGCAGAACCAAAGCACACAGAACGAGCUGGACCGGCUGAAGAAGCACACGGACCUGUUCCUCCAGGCGCUGCAGAGCGAGGACACCAGCGCCUGCAUGAAGCUGCUCACCAAUCUCCAGGAGGAGGACAGGGACAGAGCUGCUCAGCUGUGAGCUUGUAGACUCAGAGGAAGACCAGGAACUGCGGGGGAGGGAAGGCGGGUGAGGCACGGCGGGGCAGAUGGGCUGAAAGUAAUGCGCUCUACAUUAGUGACUCCUCCCCCAGACGCACAGACACACUGUGGCCUACAUUUCAGCAGUCAUUUGCCUUCAGGUCGCUUCCUGAUGCACCAAACUAACCUAAAAAUCAUCAAAGCACUUGUCCGCUUGCACACUACUUAUACAAUGUUCAGUAACACUGUAGCUGGAUCCCGCAAAUUUCUUUCACUAAUACAUCUGAGGAACAGAUUCGGUCCAAAGUCUUCUUGCAAUGCACAAAAAGAACUUCAAAUAUAUUUAGUUCAUUAAAGCAUCAACAAACGUUAAUUACUACAGACUCCAAAACUCAACUUUCUAGAACCUUUUUAUCUAACCAGGCUGUAAAAGGAUUAAUUUAAACUAUGUGCUAAUAAACUGGAUUGUGCUUAUUAGGGAUGCACCGAUCCACUUUUUUCACUUCCGAUACAGAUGCAGAUAUGAGAUUUAGUCGAUACCGUUCUGUUACAGAAAAACAGCUGAAUUGACUUAAAACAUUUCUUUCUUUUAAACACAGACAUAAAUGUACUGAAUUACAACUUUAUUAGAUAACUCUGUACCAGCACAGCGCACAUAAAUACACCAAUAGCUUCAUAAUCUUGGUCAAACAUGUAAAAACAACUUUAAUUUGUUCAAUUAGUGCAAUUAGGAGUAUAACUGAUGAUGUAAAAUAAAAUAAAGAAACUUAUACAAUAGGUUGACUACCUUGGUCAAACAGGUAAAUAUAAAUUGUAACAAACCUUUUUUUUCUCUAAUGGUUCAGAAAGUGCAACUAGGAAUUCUAAAAUAUAGUGUGAAAUUAAUCUAACAUGAUGUUGCUCAGAGCACAAAACAUAGAAUUAGACUGAAUAGAUCUACCAUUAAGGAUUAGACACAUUUUCACUGAUUUCUUUUCCAUAGCGGACCAAUACAAAUAUUAAUAAGGGAUCAGUUCAUCUCUAGUGUUUAUAGAUUAUGUCCCCUACUGCUAAGUUGUGCCUCCUUCUGCAGAGAUGGUCAUAAAUGCAGUGUUUUUUUUUUUUUUAACUUUACAUUUUUUAAAGAUUAACAAACUUUUACAGCUCUAAUCAUUUUCAUCUGAAUGCCAGAAUAUAAAUGAUGGAGGAUAUUGCAGCUUUUAUGAGUUAAAAUCUCUUUUUUUUAAAAGGCUUUGAGAAGAGCUUCACUUGGUCUUUGUCUCCAUGGAGACGCUUAAAGAGGAAGUCCACGCUUCCAGUGAUUACAUUUUUCCACGUGUUAGUGGAUUUUAUCAAUGUAUUUGAAUUAGCGUUCUGUAAAACACUUAAGUUGUUUUGAGUCAGAUGUUGUUUCCAAUCAAAACUACAGAAGUUGACUGAAAAUGUGAACUUAAAGGAGCGAAAACUGAGAGACGACCGAGUAAAAAUGCUGGAAAUAUUCAGUUGGUAUGAAACGAUUAGCAAAAUCUGCAGUGAACAUAAAGGGAGAGGAAAAACUAACUCAGAAACACCCGAUAUUCUGAUAACAGGCCAUCUUGUUGCAUUUUCUCUCAUUCAUUUGACUUUCUAAACAUGACUCCACAGGUGUGCUUCACUGACUCCAUGUACAAACGUUUGAGCAUGUUGAAAAUAUUACGAGCAUUUUGCCUGUUUGUAGCAUAAAACAGCCAAACGUGCAUAAAGUGUACUUAUCCUCUGCUUGUCAGGAGGUUCUGUUUUAGCUGUUUUAUGUGUUUUAGUUUUGUGUCCUCAUCAGGUUGGCAGGCAUUCAUGCUCAAGUUCACUGGAGAAAAAAAGCGUUAAUAACCAGUUAGAUUCCUCUGUGAUGAAGGUUCAUUGUCUUGGAGUUAAAACGUGUUUAUCAGUCACUUCUGGGUCUGUUCUCUUUUCAGCUUUAUUGUUUUUAAAUAUUCAGAACAGUGUAAUGUAAGGUGACUGAGUCGUCUGUUUUUGUGUUGUCUUUUUCUUCUGCAUUUUAUUUUUUUUGUAUGUAUAUUUUUUUAAAAGUGUAUUUAAAUUCAUUUUUGUUCAAAAUGAGAGAAGUAUUAAGGCAACUACUGAUGAAAGCCAGUAGUUUUCAACCUCUUCAAUCCAGUUUUUUUUUUUUUUUACUCUAAAUUUAAAUUUGUUUUUAAUAGAUCAUGGCCUUAAAAUUUUAAUUAUGUGUAAGUUGAAGAAGAAAUCUGCACUAAAAUCUAAGAAAAGCUUUGAACCAAUUUGUGGCAGAAUUAAAUGGUAGCUGUGGCGCUGUUGCUUAUUUAAGACGAACAUCUUUUUUACUUUUUUAUUUUUACACUAUAGGUGCAUUACCAGACAUUACAACUGCACAGCCUGAAGGGUGUGGUGAUUUUUAUUUUUAUUUUAUUUUAUUUAGCUAAUUGUAAUCACAGUUUGAUAUUUGUUGCUUAUACUGAGAUAAAGUGGUCCAUAUUUAACAUCACAAGUAAAAUGUGAGUUUUGUAAUAUUGCCAUCUAAACUGCUGUAAAUAGAAAAAAUAUUGUUUGUGAUGGAGAAUGUGAGAAGACAUUUUUUCAAAGCUCGAAAGUCAUUUUUAUUUGUAAAUUACACAUUUUAUGCCAUUUUAAUUACUUUUUUUUUUUUUUUUUUUGCUUUAAUAGACGCGUCAAUAACUCUGUUCUCCACACUGUCAUUUAAUAUACGAGGCACAGUUCACACUAUGAAUUUUUUUUAAAUUAAAUAUAAAGUAUUUAAUAUUAAAUAUAAAGUGGACAAAAUCGAUUCAACGUGAGCAAAGAGGAGCUUUGUGUUAAAGAUACUGAAAGUCAUCAUCACUCCUCCCAUUGUUUCUCACUGCAGUGCACCGUUUCCACCAUCAGCAGACAGGCUUUAUGCUGUCCCGUCUUUAACGUUUCACAGUCUGUCCCAAUAUUACAUCUGUUGAUCUGAAUUGAGUUGAUGGAUAUCUGGAAAACGUCGUGAGUUGAAAGGUUUUCACCUUCUGACACAAAGACUCACCAAUGCAAACUUUUUUUGUUUUCCUUUCUGAUACCAUUUACUUGUCUGGUAUUUGACAACAAACAGUCCUGCAGGUGCUGCCUGACCUUUGACUCUGCUGCUCUAAAAGGCCACAGCUUAGAUUGUUUUUUCCCCUCUCUAAACUAAAUCAAAUUUCUCAUUUGUCAUUUAUUCUCUUUAAAGCCUUAAAAUGUCCAAGGUAGAGACGUAAAGCUUUUCCUUUUGUGAAAACAUAAACGGGUUUCACAAUUUCAGCUUAGCUCAAAUGGCUAAUUUGUAGAAUGUUUCUGAGAUGGAGAUGAAUAAUCUAAUUUAAUUUACUUUAUAUAGUUUGAUGGCCUUCAGCUGACUCAAAAUCUUCCAGUUGGGAUACAGUAUAUGUGCUCUUGCAAUUUAACGAAUAACACUAGUAGUCAAAAGAUUGUUGUGGUCGUAUUUGGUAAUGAGAAUUUGCAAUGUCAGCUUCCAAAAAUGUUGUUUUCAUGUACAAUGGGAUACUUUGAAGUAUGUUUGAAAAUUGGCAGCUUUAAAUUCUUUUGUCUGUGUAUUUUUAAAAUGUGAAGAAUUGGGAUUGUUCAUUAAAAAUGCACGAAUGGCGAUGUAGAUACUGCGAGCUAACAUUUUUUAAAGGUGUAAAUAAAUUUAAUCGAGUCAUUCUGACUUGCAAGCAAUAAGUUCUUGUUUUAUAACAUUUGUGGGUGGUGAACAUAGAAAACUGACUAAGUCAUAACUUUGAAUGGGUUUUAAUGUGAACUCACUUCAAUAAGACUGAGUUAUGGUUUGGGUCAAUAUCCUGUUUUGUUUUGUAUGUUUACAUUUAGGAUGUAAUUGCCUGUGUAAUAAAUAUUAUUUAAAAA